GGAUUUUAUGUUACAUGUCUUGUAAUCACCUAUGUCAGCUGUCAAAACAAAAAACUAUUCGCAACCCAUUAUGUUGCAUUCAUCAAACUAUUCUGGUGCUCAUUGAGAGGUUAAGCUCAUGAAACUUCAUUUGUAAAGGAUACUUCCCGUUGAGGAAUGUCACCAAAGAUGCGAAUCCUAUGGCGCCAACUGUAACCACAGCCAUUUCAACAAUUGUAAUCUCUACUUAGCCUACCAACAGACAUAGACAUGUACCUCAAUACAAUUUCUAUUGGACUGCCAUCUCUUUGCUGUCUGCUGCCUAUCUGCUGGCCCUACAGUAUUUCUAGCCAUUGGACAACAGAAAACAAAGCCUUUUUCCUCUUCUCCGCGCCCGUCUUCACCUCGCCUGUCAACCCGUCUUCGCCUCGCCCGUCGUCCCGUCUUCGCCUCGCCCGUCGUCCCGUCUUCGCCUCGCCCGUCGUCCCGUCUUCGCCUCGCCCGUCGUCCCGUCUUCGCCUCGCCCGUCGUCCCGUCUUCGCCUCGCCCGUCGUCCCGUCUUCGCCUCGCCGGUCAUCCCUUCUUCGCCUCGUGGUCACCCCGCCUUCGCCUCGCCCGCCAUCCCGUCUUUGCUUCGUGGUAGCCGCGUCUUCGCCUCGUCGUUUUGGUAUUGUGUGUGUUUUGCAAUGUUUAUUCUUAACUAACCCGUUGGCUGCCACCCACCUUUUAUCCCCUUUUUUUUGUAGCUUGACAGGGACGGGCCGCGCUGUUCUGCUCCAUGGCUAUCUGCCAUGGAGUGGAGCAGCGCCACUGCUCAAGAUUGGCCGAAUGGCCCCAAAGGCAAUGCACCAUAGGGACUUUCCCUUCAUCGAUGCGAUAGAUGAGACCUGGGGUGUGCAUUCCCGUAAAGGUCUCAUCAUCGUAUCAGCCCGGCCUACCCGGCCCCCUUGGUCGCUAUCCCUAUGAUAGCGACGUAGCGACCGUAGUUAAGAUGGCGUGGCAGCCAACGGGUUAGUUUUAAGUGUAUAUAUGUAUGUAUUGUAUGUUGUAUUAUGUGG